GGAUAUCUGGCCUCCGUCAUAAUGAAUUCUACGCUGUUCGAAAAUAUUCUCAACAAUUCUAGAAGCGUAGUGAAGGGGGCUUUCUUUACUUAAAUCUGCAUCCCGUCAUAAUGAAUUCUACGCCGUUCGAAAAUAUUCUCAACAAUUCUAGAAGCGUAGUGAAGGGGGCUUUCUUUACUUAAAUCUGCAUCCACCUUACUUUAUCAUUUUUAUCACUCUGCAUAUCUAAUUCGAAUGGUGUCAACGAUGGCAGCCACGACAAUUUUUAACCCAACCUUCAACGCCGCAUUCCCAAAACUAGCUGGAACGCCACCCAAGAUAAGUUUCACUAAAUCGCGUAGUGCCAUUUACCUUUCUCAAAAUGUCCCCCAUUGUAAGAUUUUGUUUUCAUCAAGAAAUUCUCUUUUCGCACCAAACAGAGUGCUUAUCAAUGAAAACAAGAGAAAAUUUAGGAGCUCAGUCAGAUGCCAAGCUACAGGAGCAGAUUCAAGAAUUACACAACAAAACUUUACAGAGAUGGCAUGGCAAGCGGUGGUGUCAGCUCCAGAAGUGGCGAAGGAGAGCAAACACCAAAUAGUAGAAACAGAGCAUCUCAUGAAGGCUUUGCUCGAGCAGAGGAACGGCCUUGCUCGUCGUAUAUUUGCCAAACUUGGUGUCGAUAAUACCACUCUGUUGCAAGUUACCGACAGGUUUAUACAAAGGCAGCCAAAGGUCCUUAGUGAACCUGCGGGUUCAAUGCUUGGGCGUGACUUAGAAGCAUUGAUUCAACGUUCAAACGACUAUAAGAGAGAGUAUGGAGAUUCUUUUGUAUCUGUGGAACAUUUACUUCUUGCAUUCACACAAGAUAAACGGUUUGGGCAACAGUUGUUCAAAGAUUUCCAGAUUUCUUUGAAGAAUCUCACCAAUGCCAUACAGGCGAUUCGUGGUACACAAAAAGUUACGGAUCAAGAUCCUGAAGGCAAGUAUGAAGCUUUGGAAAAGUACGGAAAAGAUCUGACUGAAAUGGCUAGACAAGGUAAGCUUGAUCCAGUCAUAGGACGUGAUGAUGAAAUUCGUAGAUGCAUCCAGAUUCUCUCAAGACGGACAAAGAACAACCCUGUGCUGAUAGGAGAACCAGGUGUUGGCAAGACUGCAAUAUCCGAAGGGCUUGCCCAACGAAUAGUGCAAGGAGAUGUUCCACAGGCAUUAAUGAAUCGCAAGUUGAUUUCCCUUGACAUGGGGUCACUGAUCGCUGGAGCAAAAUAUCGAGGAGAGUUUGAGGACAGGCUAAAGGCUGUAAUGAAGGAAGUUACAGAAUCAGAUGGACAAAUAAUUCUCUUUAUCGAUGAGAUUCAUACUGUUGUUGGAGCAGGUGCAACCAAUGGAUCUAUGGAUGCUGGCAAUUUACUGAAGCCCAUGCUUGGACGUGGAGAAUUGCGCUGCAUUGGAGCAACCACUCUCGAUGAGUACCGCAAAUACAUAGAAAAAGACCCAGCUUUAGAACGGCGUUUCCAGCAAGUCUAUGUUGACCAACCAUCAGUGGAGGAUACGAUCUCUAUACUCCGUGGUCUGCGUGAAAGAUAUGAACUACAUCAUGGUGUCCGAAUAUCUGACAGUGCCCUUGUGGAGGCAGCAUUACUUUCUGACCGUUACAUCAGUGGCCGUUUCCUGCCAGAUAAAGCUAUUGAUUUAGUUGAUGAGGCAGCUGCAAAGCUGAAAAUGGAAAUCACAUCAAAGCCCACUGCUUUAGAUGAAAUUGACCGUGCUGUGUUGAAGCUUGAGAUGGAGCGACUCUCUCUUACUAAUGAUACGGAUAAAGCCUCAAAAGAUAGGUUAACCCGUCUUGAAACAGAGCUGGGUCUUCUGAAGCAAAAACAGGAAGAGCUACAACAACAAUGGGAACAUGAAAAGUCUGUUAUGACACACAUUCAAUCCAUUAAGGAAGAGAUUGAUCGUGUGAAUCUGGAGAUUCAGCAAGCUGAGCGUGAUUAUGAUCUGAACCGAGCAGCUGAACUAAAAUAUGGCAGUCUGAUGUCACUACAAAAACAACUUGAGGCUGCUGAAAAGGAAUUAGAUGAGUAUCAAAGUAGUGGGAAGUCAAUGCUAAGGGAGGAGGUUACUGGGAGUGAUAUUGCUGAAGUAGUCAGUAAAUGGACUGGUAUUCCCCUCUCUAAACUUCAGCAGUCUGAGAGAGAAAAACUUCUGUACUUGGAUGUGGAAUUGCAUAAGCGUGUUAUUGGUCAAGAUCCAGCUGUCAAAGCAGUUGCAGAAGCAAUCCAACGAUCUCGGGCUGGUCUUUCAGAUCCUAACCGCCCCAUUGCCAGCUUCAUGUUCAUGGGUCCAACUGGAGUUGGAAAGACAGAAUUAGCGAAGGCUCUUGCCUCUUAUUUGUUUAAUACUGAGGAUGCUCUUGUGAGAAUUGACAUGAGUGAAUACAUGGAGAAACAUGCAGUCUCACGGUUGAUUGGAGCUCCUCCUGGCUAUGUUGGUUAUGAGGAAGGAGGGCAACUGACAGAGGCUAUUCGCAGAAGGCCUUAUGCAGUAAUUCUUUUUGAUGAAAUUGAGAAAGCGCAUUCAGAUGUUUUUAACAUUUUCCUUCAGAUUUUAGAUGAUGGAAGGGUCACAGACACGCAAGGUCGAACUGUAAGCUUCACCAACACUAUCAUUAUUAUGACUUCCAAUGUUGGUUCCCUAUAUAUUCUAAGUGCUCUUGAUGAUGAAGCUGGCUCAAAAGAGGAAGCCUAUGAAAAUAUGAAGAAGAGAGUAAUGGAAGCAGCACAGGCAACCUUCCGGCCCGAGUUCAUAAAUCGUAUUGAUGAGUAUAUUGUCUUCCAAUCUUUGGACCGUGAACAAAUAAGUAGCAUCGUGAGAUUACAGCUUGAUCGAGUCCAGGGGAGGUUAAGAGACAAAAAAAUAACAAUAAAAGUGACGGAGAGUGCAAUUGAACUCCUAGGAAGUAUGGGCUAUGAUCCAAAUUAUGGCGCAAGGCCAGUAAAAAGAGUAAUUCAGCAGAACAUAGAAAAUGAACUGGCUAAGGAAAUUCUUAGAGGGGAUCUCAAAGAGGAGGAUACAGUUCUUAUUGACACAGAAGUUACUGCAUUUUCUGAUGGCAAGCUUCCCCAUCAGAAGUUUGUCUUCAAGGUGGUUCCAACAAAUGCUUCAGUAAAUGGAUUAGAUGUUGGUGUCCCAAUAGGAUAGAGUUUGGAGGGCAUAACUGGUAACUAUUACUUUAUUUUAUAGUGUGACAAAGAUGGAUGAUUGGAGGGACGCUAAUAACAAAGAAAUUACAAUGAUACUUGUACGAUGAAACCAAUAAACAUAUUGAAUUAUAUAACUGAAUAAUGAAUUUUAAAAGUUCUACAGAUCAAUAUGGUCUAAAGGAUGUUGAAAGUUAUCAUUAUCAUCAUCAUCAAUGUUGAGGCUAGUGGGUACCUAGGGACUGUACAAUGUAAAAUAUGGAGCUGUAUGAUGCGUAGAGGAAAAUUUUGUACUCUCAAUAUGAAAGAAUAAAAUCUUUUUAAUUAUGGUGUAAAAA